AUGGGUGUCAAGCUUUUAUUCUUGGGUAUUUGUCUGAUUUAUUUGGUACUGGAUCUCCACGAUGCCGAGGUCACUGCUGUGUCAGACAGACAAGCCAAGCUGAAGGAAAAAGACGCAAGAGAAAAGCUUCAACAAGAGCUAAGCAAGAACUAUGCCGUAAAACAGAGACGAAGGAAGAAGAAGAAGUUUAGGGAUCCAAGAACUCGUGGAAAAUCUUCAAAAGUCGUGAAUCGAGGUGGAGCUCCCAAAGUUCAAAAUGGAGAUGAUGGCGGUGACGAUCCUCAUAUUGGAAAUCGUGAAAAUUAUCUUCAGAAAUAUUUUAAAGGGAAAAUGUGGGGAAUACGAGAUAAGAAGAAGGCACCGAAAGGAAACUGGCGAAAAAAACUUCGAAAACAAAAACAUAAGAAAAAGGAAAAACGUCAAAACAUGAAAAAGAAGGAAAAAUCCAAGCGUACCAAAGUGAAGAAGUUUAAAAAGAAAAGAAAAAAGCACAAGAAGAGGCGAAGAGGAAAAAGAUCUACCGACGAGAACGAGGACGAUCCGGGAAGCGACCAGGAACACACUCACAGGACAAAGAGAUAUGCUAUAACUGACCAAGAACGUAUGUGGGAUUAUGGAGUUGUUCCCUAUUCUUUUUCUUCAGACGUCACUGAUGUGAUGGCGAGGACGUAUAGAGGUGUAUUUGAUGCUCUAGAAAAGAGAACAUGUAUAUCAUUUGUAGAAUGGGAUGGAACUGAGUCGUUUUAUUCGAAUAGAAGUCUCAAUCAUAUGGUUCACCUCAACUUUGUCGACCAAGGGGGAUGCUGGGCAUACUUGGGCCGCUAUACCUACAGAACGACCAAUAUAGCUCAAGAUAUCUCUUGUUGUUAUGUGGGGAGAACAUGUUUACAUGAAAUCAUGCAUUCUUUGUCCAUGGAACACGAACAUACCAGUCCUUUGCGAGACGGGUGGCUGAGAGUCAACUGGGAUAAUCUGAACGAAGAUGGGCAGUUUCAGUUCUCAGUUAUAGAUCCAUUGAUGUUGGGAAGAGAAUCCUGGGGUUUUGAUAUUAAAUCAUUUGUCAGCUACGGGACCACGGAAUUUACUAAAAACGGUAUGAUGGGAUUCCAACCGUUAAUGCCUGAUUUCUACCCGACUGGUAACAGUUAUUGGCAGCCAUUUAAAGAAGUACAGAUGAAUUACGAUUGUUUUGGUAUCAAGUGUAGCGGAAUGGAAGAACCAGUCUGUGAAAACGAUGGUUACCCGGGAUACUAUGAGGGUGAAUGUGGGUGUGUUUGUCCACCUGGGUUAGAUCCUGCCACCAACUGUGCUUCAAUUAAACCAACGGAUCCAAUCAGAGGCUGGCCACCAUCAUCGUUCGGAUUACCAGAACCGAUAGAGGGUUGUCCAGCAGGAUUCCAACUCGGCAGUUUAACCCAACCGUUAGCUGGCGACUCCGAAGUAUCGUCUAGUAGCCACAUCAAUGCUGGUUUUGAGAAUUCCACAGCGGAGUUCGGUUUCUGUCUUAAAGAUACCGCUAGUCAAACAGAGGGUGGAUUGACGGAGUGGCCUCGUGGACAAUAUUGUAUCCAUUCUUAUAGUAAUGCUUGUCCUCCAGGAUUUCAAGAAGGCUUAAUCACCUAUGAUGAUUCUGUAAACGCCACUCGUACGAUAUUGACCGAGUCUCCCCUACCAGAUGGAUCUUUUGUUAACAAUACAGAAUUGUGGUACUGUUGUCGCUCUGAUGGCAUGGUGCAACUCGACAUUAAACUUCCUAACACCGAAUCAUUUAUACUGUACAGACAUGGCACUGCUGAAUGUCAGAACGUAGAAGGAAUGUACAUGUUUCCCGAAUAUUACUCUCUGAUGAUAGAAGGGGAGACAAUUAGAAGUAUUUCAGUUUACCAGACUCUAGGUUCUGUCCCUUACAAUGUUUUAGAUGGAAACGAACUAUUCGUGUACUAUUGUUACUAUUCGCCUCUAAAUAAAGAUUGUGGUGAAGUAAUUCAUCUAGGGCCAGAAAACCCGACUCAUGAUAUCAUGACACCCAAUUACCCAUUCGACUACCCACUAAAUACAGAGUGCAACUGGCUUUUUGUGGCACCAGAAGGAUCGGAAGUGAUGUUAAAUUUUAAUGAUUUCGAUGUAGAAGGCGAUGAUUUUGAUUGUUUUGAUUAUGUAACGAUUAAACGAGGAUUACCUGGUAUACCAGGAGUAAGUUAUUGUGGUACGGAAUUUAAAGCUGCCAUUAAAAGUAUAGAUCGAUAUCUGAUGAUCACCUUCACUUCCGGAAGUGAGAUCACCUACACUGGUUUCCAUGCUACAGGACGCUUACUGGACGUUGCUGAUCUAUGCUAUAAUCCCGAUGAUUUUGGAAGAACGUACAAUGGUAUCCACAACUAUGCAGAAGACUUUACAGAGUGUUUGCCUUGGGUUGAGAUGGCUCAUUGUGAUACCAAUCUCUUCAAUACAGAGGAUGCGUUCGAUAACCUAGACGGAAACUACUGCCGGAAUCCAGGUGCACGAUACGACAGUCCGUGGUGUUACACCGAGAAGGAGAACUGUACCAUCAAAUACUGUGAUGUUUGUCAAGAACGAACAAUAUAUGAUAAUUUUGAUGAUUGUGAAGAAUUGAUAGCUGAACAUCCUAAUUUCUGUCUGGACGGGGACCAUCAUCAUUAUGGUUGCCUGGCAACUUGCAUAGAAUAUGGACACAUCACCAUUCCAGAAAAAUCAAACAGAGCUCAAGACGUCUCAUGUCCAGUACCAGAUGAUAUUGUCGAUGCUGAUCCGAUCGUUCACGACGUGACGAGAUAUAACGUUGGCGACAGCUUGGCUUACGUCUGCUCAAAUGGAACGGCAACAAAGAUGCGACGUUGUCUUACGGAUGGAACGUGGACGGACAUUGAGUACGUCUGUGGAGGAUGUGGAGACGAAAUGAAGAGUGAUACAAGAGGAACCUGUUAUGCCUAUGUAGCUGAAGAAGUUAGGUUUGUGGAAGCCGAGGAAUACUGUAUCGAGAAGGAUUGGGACGUUGCUUCAGCUCAGACAGAGGACGCUUUCAAUUUCUUGGUCCAGUAUCGCUCAGAUAUGGGAUCGGAUGGUAAACAAGUAUGGUUAGAUUUAUAUGAAGACCCUGUAGGAGUAUGGAGCUGGGGUGACGAAAGUUUGGUUCAAGAUGGCUUCACCAACUGGAGAUCCACGUACCCAGUGAGUGGUCCUAUAGAAACAGAUGGGAAUAACUGGUACCGGUGCGCUACUAUGGUGGGAACAGGUCAGAGUUCAGUCUGGAACCAGGUGGCUUGUGAUAAUAAAUGGUACAAGGCACAUUACAUCUGCCAAACCAUGGAAUCAGAACGAGAAAUUUGUGCUGAUAGAAAAUCAUCUUGUACCAGGAAUCUGAUUGAUAUACCACUACUCUGCUCUCAAUACCAAUCCUACGCUCAUGAAGUUUGCCCCUAUACUUGUGGCAUCUGUGAUGUUGAAAACGCUGACUCGUGUACAGUGACAGCAGAUUUCGUCGUAGGCCUGAACCUUGUUAGCGGUGGAUCAACUCCAUUCAGUUUGAACCCUGGUGAGAGUUUUACUACACAAUGUCCAGCUGGCCAGAUCUGUACACAAAACUGUCAACAUUUCAGUAGAGCUUGUCGUCGUUCAGGGGAAGUUACUGGUGCUACUCCUGUGUGUCAAGACGCUGAUUCUGUACCAACGCUCGUCAAUAACAUAGAGAGAAUACCCAGGCUAGACACUAGUGAGGCUAGGCGAAUAUACCAGGGAGAUAACUCUUACAUGAACAUCACUAGAUCAGGGGAGAUUACCAAAUGGAUGACGUUAUGUGAAAAUGACGGAAUUGUCCACCUAAUGGCCUUUAAAUACUGGAGUCAAGAUCGGUACUUUAAAGUGAUGGGCGUGAACCAAGUUGAAUGUAAGGCGGGCAGAAGAAUGACUUGGGAGAUACCGGAAGGGGAAAGAAUCCAGGUUGAUCCUUCCAUGAAUAUUGGGUUAAUGGAUUGGAAUGGUGGAUGUAUACCACUGUAUGAAUGUUUUGCGAGUGAAUAUCCGGACCUGAACAAGAUCUACCACACCAUGGCAGAGAGUCAGGAUGAAGUAGCAUUAAAUAAACUGGUCUGGAUGCGAGCCGGUCCAACCUGUUACUUCUUCUCGUUGAAUGCUGAAAUCAGUCCGGUCGGUUACAUCGCCCCAGCUACCACACAGCUUACCACACCAUCUACCACCACAGAAGAACCGGAACCAGAACCAGAGGCGACAUCUACUUCGUCUGAAGAUACAUCUGAAUCGACAGACAUGACGACGUCUUCGGGUGAUGUUAGUACAUCGUCCACUUCCACAUCAGCUGGCAACACAGAAAGUUCCUCAACUGGAGCAAGCAGAUCUUCACCUUCCACUGAUGCCUUUGUAUCAGAAGACACAACGUCAUCUGUAUGGCAGAGGACGACAACUCACUCCGUGGUAAUAACUACGCCUCGAAGAACGAUCAAUGAAGACUUCAUCAAAUCUUUCAUUAAGAAAAAGAAAAAGAAGAGGAAAUGGUGGAAGAACCGAGGCAAGAAGACGGACAAGACCCGUAAGCGUAAGAACAAGAGGCGUAAGAAGGCUCAAAAAGGUCGUUAA